GUCGUGCUUAUCAAUAAUGCUGGAACUAUGAGAUGUCCUCGUAGAUUGACCCGAGACAGAUUUGAAUCGCAGCUAGGCGUUUACCACAUGCGUCACUUUCUGCAGACUAACCUGUUGCUGGAUGUCGUAAAAAAAAUGGCUCCAAGUCUAAUUGUGGUUCUUUCUAGCGUGGCCCAUUUAAAGGACAUUAUCAACUUUGACGAUCUGAACAGGGAAAAGCCAUAUGAUGGUGUUGAUGCCUACAGCUAGAGCAAGUUGCCCAAUAUUCUGUUUACCGGGGAGUUGGUUAAACGUUUGGAUGGAACAGAUGUCGCGGUCAACGCCCUUAAUCCUGGAUUCGUUAACAAAGAACUGGCCAGGGAUUCUAAUACUGUAAAUGGUUGUUUUAUACGGUUAAUUUAUAUAGACUUUUAGUUCAUUAUUUUAAUUAUUAUUGAAGCACGCUUAUAUUAAUUUUAAAGCCUGUGAAGUGUUCCCAUUCUGAAGACUCCCAAAAGUGGAGCACAGACCCCCAUAUUCCUGUCCUUAGAUCGGGAGUUGGAGAAGGUUACUGGAAGGUAUUUUCGGAACUGCCGGGAGGAGCAACCGGCAGCUGCCGCCAAAAAUACACAAUUGCCAAGUUAUUGUGGGCUGAGAGCAAAAAAUGGACUGGCCUUGAUAUAUCUAAAUGGGAUUAAUUACGACGUUGAGAUAUCUUGAGAGAUAUCUUUUGGAAAACAGUGUUGAAAAAUAUGACCAUGUUCAAACAAUCCGCCCUCGAAUGAAUACCGGUUUGCCCCUGCAUCUCAUGAACCAUAUCAUAGUUCAAAAAUUCGCAUUAUAAUACUUUAGUAAUAUUUCAAUUUAAUUGAAUGAAAAAUACUACAAACAUCAUAAACUUAAUAACAUUAGAAGUGCAUUAUAGUAUGUAACACCCGUUUUACUAAAGAACGUUCUUAAACUUCAUCAAUAAAAAAAUUCAAAUGUAUUUCUUUAAUGCAGUUAAGUUUUUCCGUUAAAAACGCAACUCAUUUUAUUUAGGUACAAACACUUCGUGAAAUUCGUUCAGGGUUUUCCUCGCAGCUCGAUGAUAAUUGAUUAGGUCUAUAAAUAAACCUGCGUUUAAACAAAUGGCUUAACAAGCUGUUUGCCCUAAUAUGACUUCGGCUAAGUUCGUUUUGGCCGAUGUAUAUUCGGGCCCGCAGUGCGCUCGUAUACGUAAUAUUUUCAAAACAUUGUGAAUAUGCUCUUCUUCUCCAACCCACUACGCUCUCUUCUCG